AUGCAUGAAUUUUUAAAAUUGUGUGUUUAUUUAUUUUUUGGUACCAUCUGUUGGAAUUUACCAUCUUUUAUUGGUAUAUUUAUUUUCAAAAAAACCAAAAGAAACAACAAAGAAAAGGAUGACUGCCAAUGUUGGAACAGUGAAGACAAUUACUGGGCAGGUCAGGUACUCCAACAACAGGAAAAACUCCCACAAAUCCAACAGAUCCAAAAAAUUCAACAAACCCAACCACAAGAACAACAAGAACACCUCCAACACCUCCAAAUCCACAAAAAACUCCAUCUUAACCAACAACAAGAACACCUCCAACAACUUCAACAAAAACAACAAAACCAAGAACACCAAAAACUCCUACAACUCCUAGCACUACAACCAAAAGGACCACAGCAAUCCCAACAACCAAAACAAACACAACAACCAAUUCCACAACAACCAAUUCCACAACAACCAAUUCCAUUCAUCCAAAGAAUUCGUCAGCAACCCCAACCACAACAACCACAGCAAUCACAACAGACAAUCCCAUUCAUCCAACGAAUUCUUCAGCAACCCCAUCCACAACCAAUUCAUCCACAACCAACACAAUCCCUAACCGAAAAUGCUCCAAUAAAGCCAAAUGAAAUUGAUUUAUCUUUGGUCAAUUCAAAUGGAAGAUUAAGUCUAGAUCCAACUCCAUUGAAUGAAACAGAAAAGGCAUAUAUACGUUUAAAUGAACGUAUCGAACUUUAUCAAUUGAUGCCAAAAAAGGAAAUCCCAGGUGAUGGUAAUUGCCAAAUGCAUGCACUAUCAGACCAGAUUUUUGGUGACUUGGAGCAUAGUGUAAUAAUAAGAAAUAACAUUGUCGAUUGGCUUAGACAAAAUAAAGGUUUUUACCUUCCAAAUGGAGAAACCCUCUCAGACUUUGUAACUACAAACAGUUGGGAGGAAUAUUGUGAUAGUAUGUCCAAAAAUGGCACAUGGGGCGAUCAUUUAACAUUGGUCGCUGCAGCUGAAAUUUAUAAAAAAAAUAUUUCUAUAAUAUCUUCAGUUGAAUCCCAGAGUAGUUCUUUCAUAGAAAUUACUCCAAGCAUUAAAUGCGAGAAUGGAAUUUUGUUAUCACAUUUUUCAGAAUUCCAUUAUGGUUCUUUAUGCCCAUUGGCUAAUUAA